AUGUCUCGCGCAGGACAUAGAGGCGAUAUUCGAGUUAUUGAUUUGAGGGGAGACAGCGGCGACGAAGCAGAGGAAUGCAGCAAUGCCGUAUUGUGCCCCAUAUGCUACGAGCACCUGCCCAACGAGGGUCCAGUGGCCACCAUCUGCGGACACCUGUUCUGCUUCAAGGGCCUGAGGAAUUGGAUAAUUGACUUGACGGGCGAAGACGAUGGCAAGAAAGAUGGCCAGGAAGCGCCCCAAAGGCGCCGUCCAACCCAGAAGAGCAUUCGCGGUGCCCGUUGUUGUCUUUGCUGCAAAUUCCUGAAGAAUGCGUCGCCAAUGGUAGCCACCUGUGGACAUCUCUUCUGUUCGAACUGCUUGCUGGGACUAAUGGAAACUGUUUCGCAGUGUUCCUUUUGCGGGCAAGACCUGGACGAGGAGUCCAUUUUUCCAAUAUAUCCCAAGUACAAGGAUUAA